GCAACACAGCAGUCACUACAUUUCCCACAAGGCGUCACGGUUUUACGUCAUAACUCUGCGCUGAGCUGAGGUGGCGUUAGAGAGAGGAGGUUUGUCUUCCAGCUGCUCACCUGAGAUCCUCAUCAUGACUAAACUCCUGGAGUGGCUGUUGGGUGUGUCUGUGGUGGUCGCAGCCUGGGCUCUGGUCUCCUUCGACCUGUUGGACCUGAAGCUGCCUCACAGCUACAGAGAGGUGGCCUGGCCGAUGCCUCUCUACCUGCUGGUGUCGUUUGGCUGCUACUCUCUGGCCACGGUGGGAUACAGGGUGGCCACCUUCAAUGACUGCGACCAGGCGUCCAGAGAGCUGCAGGAGCAGAUACGAGAAGCCAAAGAGGACUUGAGGAAAAAGGGCUUAAAGAUGUAGAAGUUGAGAAAGGAAAGGACCAUGUAGAGGAACUUUUGAGAGACUGGAAGAGGAUGCAUGGACUACUUUCACACACAAGUCUGCACAGAGAAUGUUUAGGAUGUGUGAAAUGUGUUGGAUGAAACUAUACUCUGAGCUGGCACCCUC